GUUUGGAUCAAGAGGAACCAGAAGCUCUGCAGAUAAAAGAAGAGCAGCAAGAACCAGAACAUCCCUGGACAAAAGAGGAAACCAUGGAGCUCCCCAUUAGUGAGCAGGAAGAGCAGCUUGUUCUGAAGCAGGAGGCUGAAGAUACAGGAGAGAAACCUUUACCAUGUUUGACAUGUGGAAAGAACUUUCUUAAAAAAGAAUAUUUAAUGGUUCACGUGAGAACUCAUAAAAGUGAGAAGAUUUAUGAAUGUCUGUCCUGUAGAAAAAGAUUCACAAAGAAAUCUAGACUUGAUAGGCACAUGAUAAUUCACAUAGGUGAGAAACCUUUUUCCUGUAUGAUUUGUAGUAAGAAUUUUACUCAAAAUAGUCAUUUGACUUCUCACAUGAGAAUUCAUACAGGUGAGAAGCCUUUUUCCUGUACCAUUUGUUACAAGAAUUUUACUAAAAAGAGUAAUUUGACUUGUCACAUGAGGAUUCAUACAGUUGAGAAGCCUUUUUUCUGUACUAUGUGUAACAAGAAUUUUACUAAAAAGAGUAAUUUGAAUUCUCACAUGAGAACUCACACAGGUCAGAAGCUUUAUAAAUGUCUGUCCUGUGGAAAAAUGUUCACAGCGAAAUCUAGUCUUGAUACACACAUCAGAAUUCACACAGGUGAGAAGCCUUUUUCUUGUACAAUUUGUAACAAGAAUUUUACCGCAAAAACUAGUUUGAAUUUUCACAUGAGAAUUCACUUAGAUGAGAAGCCUUUUCAAUGUGUGUCCUGUGGAAAAAGCUUCACUAAGAAAUCUAUUAUCGAUAAACACAUGAGAAUUCACACAGGUGAGAAACCUUUUGAAUGUCUGUCCUGUGGAAAAAGCUUCACUAAGAAAUCUAAUUUUGAUACACACAUCAGAAUUCACAAAGGUGAGAAGCCUUUUUCUUGUACCAGUUGUAACAAGAAUUUUACUCAUAAAAGUAAUUUGACUAGACACAUGAGAAUUCACACAGGUUAAAAGCUGAUUUCACCAGAUCAUACAGUCAUACGCCGUACACACAUUUGCUCCUCCCACCACAAAGGAGGACCAGGCACCUGGACCUGGUACUUGACCCCUAAAGUUGAAAUGGGAAGGGGAGAGACUCCAACACAACCCAAUCUUCCCGGUCCUUGCAACGGUCUCAGCCCCCCAUCCCCCACCCGGAUGAGAAGGCCCAUGGCACAGGCCCCCAGAAGACAGUGCCAGCAGAACCAGCCUCAGUGUGAGCGGUCAUAAUCCGAGGCCAACUGGGUUUCAAGCAGUAUACAGCAGUAAACUAUUUUCCACACUAGUUAGCAUUCCCGUAGGCCUCUGGAGCAUGGUUGUCUCUCCAUUUUCCUAGCAGUUUGCAGCUCUGCAUUAAACCAAGGAGCCAGCUUUCUAUUUUAAAGUUUUUCUUUUUCAAAGGAGCUACUUUGUCUAAGGCAGUACACAGAGAACUAGCAACCCUAUCAACAAAAUAAACCUGUGAA